AAAUGAGUAUUCCUUGUUUAAAACAUGUAGGAUCUCGCUUUCUUUAUAUUAAUUAUUCAAAAGAAAAAGCAGAGUAUCAAUGUGAACUAUGUUUGGAAAUGGAACAAGAAAAAAAUGAAAUUUAAAAUAAUUCAAAGUUAAUCCAUAUUAGAAGGGUAUGAUUUUAUGUUAUUUUAUAAAAGGCAUUAAAUUCACCUGAAUAUUUAUUAGUAAAACUUAAUCUAUCACCCUUUUUGGAUUAAUUUUUUAAGGAAUUAAAUACAUUAGAUGAGACAAAAAUGAACACUUUUAUGAAAGAUAUCGAAAAUAAAAUAUUAAAUCUUCAAAAUGCUCUAUAAGCAAUUUAAAAAUAACUAGCUUAAAAUGUAAAUUGGUUUUAAGAGUAGAGAUCGAAAAUUAGAGAUGAAUUAAAAAAAGUAAUUAAAUUUGAAUAAUUUAUACAAUUCACAACUAAACUUGAAUAAUUAGGAGAUUCAAUUAAUCCUUAAGCCAUAGAAUAGAAUGAAAAAUAACUCCAUGAAUAUUUAUAAGAUCUUACAAAAAAUAAUUCUAAAGAUCUGAAUAACAAUGUAGAAGAUAUUAUUAUUAGAAUAAUAGAGCCCUCAAAUCCUAAUUAGAAAUAAUUAUAAAUAUAAAUAUUUGAUCUUUAGCUUGACUAGUUCAAGUCUAGUUAAAUUGAACUCUAAUACUAAAUAGAUAAAAUAAAUCUUGGAACAAGAAUUGGAAGUUGUGUAUUAUAAAGAACUUAUUCUAUGCAAAUUGAUAAUUAGAUAUCAUCAAGAUUGAAUAAAAAAAUAAAGAGCUUUUAAAAAGUAUAUUAGGGUUCAAAAGAUGGAUUAAAUGGGUAGACUUUUUGGAAUAAAAUAAAUGGUAAAUCUAAUUUAUUAAUGAUAUUUAAAUCUAAAAGUGGAAACAUUUUUGGCGGAUUUUCUCUAUGUUAAUGGUAAUUAAAUGAGGGUACUUAUGUAUAAGAUAACACAAUUUCAUCUUUUUUAUUUUCAUAGACUCAUAAUUAAAUUUAUCCAUUAAAAGAAGCCAAUAAAUAAUAUGCUAUUUAUUGUAAUUAAACAUAUGGAGCUGUUUUUGGUGGUGGUCAUGACAUUUAUAUUCGUUAAGAUUUUAAUGGAGGUUAUUCUAAUCUAGGUCAUUCAUAUUAGUGGGAUUAAUAUUAAAAUGUUAAAAGCACUCAUUUAUUUGGUUAAUAAACUCCAAAUAUAGUAGAAUGUGAGAUUUUUUAAGUCAUAUUUGCUUGA